CUCGUCUCACGCACGCGUGGAUUCUGACGCGCCGAGCUCGCGGCUGUGCACGCUGAUGUCCUCCUCCGGCAGUGAUCCUCCCCAGCGGACGCGCAGCGGCGAUGUGCUGUUAGCGGGCACGCGGCGUUUAUGAGGCAUAAACCAAUUAGCAGCAAAUCACUAGACAGCGUGAUCGACACGGACAGUGUUUGUGCAGUAAUGUAAAGAUGGCGAGACUGCUUCACAACUUGCUGCUGUUGUCCGUCUGGCUCAUGCUAAAGAUUAGACUUUUAGGCUACUGGGCUUUGAUAUACGGUUAUUGUGCCCUCUGCACGGGCAUAGCAUUGUUCAAACUUUGGUGGAAUAUUUUACUAAGGCCGUCUACAACCUUCCAGUGGACAAUUCGCGAGACACCCCCGACAUGUCUGAAUGACACGUCCUUGGGAACGCACUGUUACGUUAGGAUCAAGGAGUCUGGACUCAGAUUUCACUACGUGGCCGCUGGAGAACGGGGCAAACCUCUCAUGCUGUUUCUGCACGGCUUCCCAGAGUUCUGGUUCUCGUGGAGACACCAGCUGCGCGAGUUUAAGAGUGAGUUCCGCGUGGUCGCCGUAGACAUGCGGGGCUACGGCGAGUCUGACCUGCCCCCCUCCACUGAGUGCUAUCGGCUGGACUACCUUGUCACCGACGUCAAGGACAUCGUGGAGUACCUGGGCUACAACAGAUGCUUCCUCGUGGGCCACGACUGGGGGGGGAUCAUCGCGUGGCUCUUUGCCAUACACUACCCAGAGAUGGUGGCCAAGCUGGUGGUACUAAACAGCCCCCACCCGUGCGUGUUCGUCGAUUAUGCUCUUCGCCACCCCAGUCAGAUGCUCAAGUCCAGUUAUUUCUUCUUCUUCCAGCUCCCUCGUUUCCCAGAGUUCAUGCUGUCCAUCAAUGACUUUAAGGCUUUGAAGAGCUUGUUCACCAGCCGGAGCACAGGCAUCGGCCGCAAGGGCCAUUGGCUGACGGCCGAGGAGCUGGAGGCCUACCUGUACGCCCUGUCACAGCCUGGAGCGCUCACUGCAGCCCUCAACUACUUCCGCAACGUCUUCAGUUUCCUCCCCCUCCAUCAGAGUGAGGUGCGCUCGCCGGUGCUGCUCCUGUGGGGAGAGGGGGACGCCUUCCUGGAACAGGACAUGGCUGAGGCCUGCCGUCUCUACAUCAGGAACCACUUCAGGCUCAACAUCAUCUCCGGGGCCAGUCACUGGCUACAGCAGGACCUGCCUGACAUCGUCAACACGCUCAUAUGGACGUUCCUCAAGGAGGGGGAGGGGCGUAAAAACUACAGGAACUGAACCGGGAGAUCCCCCCCCCCGGAGCUGAGAGACGAGCGCGAGGAGAUGCCCGCAGAAGAGAUAACAAAAACACAAAAAACACAUUCUGAUUAAUGCUAGCAUCCUUAGAAAUCUAAAACAACUUCAAUAUUAUUAAAAUGCAAAUAACAGAGACUAGAUGCGAACCCAAGCACAUUUGGAGAGAGGCUAAGUAGAGACGAGCACGUUUGAUCCAUUUUUCUCAAGUUUGCACAUGACAUUCGCCUUAAAAAUUUGUCAGUGACAGCAUUUGUAAGUGUGCGGCAAAACCUUGUGUGUGAGUUGUGUUGUGUGUGAGUUGUGUUGUGUGGCGCCUUCUGACUUGAAAUUGUACCAUUUUGCAACAUAAAUGACGUGCCAUGUCUGUGGAAAUUGAGCCGAGUAGUUGCUACUCCUGACAAACCUUCUGAGACUCCUAGAGUCCCUCACCUUCUCUAUCAGGUAGUGUUGUCAUACUGGAAAAUAUCCUUUCUGUCCCUUUUUUGUAUUUUUUGAAAACAUGUGGCUCAGAUAUUUGAGAAUGUCCUUAUUUCUGAUCCUUCUGUAUGAUAAAAUGUUUAAAUAUUGUACACUUUUUUGUAUCUCUUCCUAAACACUGCAGAUAAGAACUUCACUAAACCAGCGCUGCACCAUUUUGGUUUUGUAAGCAAAUAAACAGCAUCACAUGGA